GACGACAACAACAACCAAAAAAAAAAAAAAAGCAGAGGUGCGAUAGAUAGAUAAAAGAUCAAGAUGGCUGUGAAUAUAAUCCUCGCGUUGAUGUCCUUGGUGUUUCUGGUGGCAUUUAAUGCCGUUGAUCAUGCCCAGGCCGCAGUUUUUGAUGUGACAACACAUGGAGCAAAGCUUGGUGGAGAUAUAACUGCGGCUUUGACCAGUGCCUGGAAAGAUGCAUGCGCAGCAGGUGGUAAUAACCAAGUUGUGGUUCCAAAAGGGACAUUCAAAUUAGGUGAAGUGAGUUUAGAAGGACCUUGCAUGGGACCUAUUGAAUUCCAGAAUCAUGGCACCAUCCAGGCUCCAGCAGACCCCAGUAAAUUCAAGGAUUUUUGGAUCCAAAUCAUUCAUGUUGCUGGGUUCACUCUGUCAGGGGGUGGAACUUUCGAUGGGCAAGGACAACUAGCUUGGAAAUCAAAUAACUGUGCCAAUGACGCCAACUGCGGAGUAUUUGCCGCUAAUUUGAAGUUCAGCUUCCUCACAAAUGCAUUAGUGAAGGACAUAACAUCACUAAACAGCAAAUAUUUCCACAUAAUCUUGUUGGGCUGCGAACGCAUGCAGUUAGAACAACUAACCAUCACUGCACCUGCAGAUAGCGCCAACACCGAUGGAAUCCACAUUGGACGUUCAACUUUUAUUACAAUUAGCGAAAUAAAGAUUGGAACUGGUGAUGAUUGUAUCUCCAUUGGUGAUGGAAGCCAAGGCAUUACUAUCACAAAAGUAACAUGCGGACCUGGCCAUGGCAUCAGCAUUGGAAGCCUUGGAAAAUACAAGGACGAGGAACCUGUGACUGGAAUCACAGUCACCGAUUGCACCAUUACCGAUGCCACAAAUGGCGUGAGGAUAAAGACAUGGCCUGCUAGCCCUAGUCCUGGUACUGCAACCGGUCUGCAUUUUGAGAAUAUUGACAUGACUAACGUGGACAAUUGUCUCCUUGUAGAUCAAGGAUACUGCACACGCGAUAUAUGCAAUGCUCAGAUUCCCUCUACGAUCAAGAUCAGCGAUGUUAGCUUCAAGAACAUUCGAGGAACUAGUAGUAGUGUAGAGGCUGUCAAGAUAUCUUGUAGCAAGAGCGUACCAUGCGAGAAAGUGCAUCUUGAGAACAUCGACAUUAAAUUCACAGGGUCUGGAGAGUAUAAAGCAAUAUGUGAGAAUGUCAAACCCACAUUUGCUGGAAUUCAAAACCCUCCUGCUUGUACGGGGUCAUCUGCAGAAUGAGCGGGGGCAACAGAACAGCUUAAACAGAAUGCUCCUCAAAACUAAUUGAGUAAUAUUAAUCAUCAAUCGAGGAGCAUUCUCGUGACCAUCAUGUCCAUGCAUCGCUUUAAAGUAAUGCAUGCAGUCGGCAGCUAGCAAAAAUAUGAUUUUUUUACGUUAUCAGCUUCAAUCGACUUCAAUGUGCAAGAAAAAACUAAAGAAACUAUAAUUUUUUUUUCUUGUCUUUUGGGAUCGAUCUUCCUGGUUCUAGAUUCCCUCUACGAUCAAGAUCAGCGACGAUAGCUUCAAGAACAUUCGAGGAACUAGUACUAGUGUGGAGGCUGUCAAGAUAUCUUGUAGCAAGAGCGUACCAUGCGAGAAAGUGCAUGUUGGGAACAUCGACAUUAAAUUCACAGGGUCUGGAGAGUAUAAAGCAAUAUGUGAGAAUGUCAAACCCACAUUUGCUGGAAUUUAGAACCCUCCUGCUUGUACGGGGUUAUCUGCAGAAUGAGCGGGGGCAACAGAACAGCUUAAACAGAAUGCUCCUCAAAACUAAAUGAGUAUUAUUAAUCCUCAAUCGAGGAGCAUUCUUGUGACCGUCAUGUCCAUUCAUCGCUUUAAAGUAAUGCAUGCAGUCGGCAACUAGCAAAAAUAAGAUUUAGUAGUGUCCCGGUCCAUUUCAUCUAAUCUGUUCCACAUGACUACUUUACCAUUGGUUGUAACGAUGAGUUUAGAUAUAUUUAUAAACAAUUAUAAAAUUAUUGGGACCCACCUUAUAUAUCUACAUAUAUUGACAUUA